AUGUCAGGAACUACAGUUACAAGUUUGUUACAAGUUUAAAUUUCCUACUAAUGCAACAUUUAAUUACCAGUUAUAGUAGACUUCCUUCAUGCUUCAUAUACAAAUUCAAAUAACUGUAUGUUGUGAAAUUAGCUAUGUAUUGAAAAAGGGCAAUGACCUUUUUUUUUUUUAAAUCACCUUUAGCAUCCGGUCAGAAAUGGGUAAUUUGCCUACGAAGCUGUGAAGAUUUUGCAAUUUAUUAAUAUUAUUUUAUAAACAAUUUAAAAGUUAUAAGACAGUCCAAAUAAACACAAGUAAAAGCAUGCUAUAAUUGUUCAAUGUUUAUUCUUUGUUCGAACCAAUAGCAUAUGCGUUCAGAUCAUCUGCAUUCUUUCGCUUUCAACUUGUCCAAACACUUUUGGUUCAAGCUCAUUUGUAUAUCAUGCCAGCCUCUUUUCUCCAAGGAUUUUUCACCGUAUUUAAUGGCUAUACAUCCUACCAAACAAAAUAUUGUGCUAGCAUCAUUCCUGAUGAUGACUGAAUCUUAGUCGAAAGCUAGAAUGAUUAAAAUGUUUAUUUUCGUUGUUACUGUUGUUUUAUAUUUUAUAAAUUAGUCUUGAUGAGGAAAUCCUAGCUAGGGCAAUGCGGUAUGUGAUUUUACAGUUACAUUGUUCUUAUAAAUGUGCUGUAACAGCUUACUUUUUAUCUUGUUUAUCCUUUCUUGAUCUAAAGCAGUUUUACAGCUAGUGUUGACCUGGCUCUACUGCACCCUCUCUCAUUUCUUCUUCAGAGAAGAGAUGCAAUAGCAGGCAUGUGGCAUACAAAUUUGGCUUCUUGAAUUUUGCAUUUAUAUCCAGCAAAAUUAAGGUCCACCCCACCAACUAUCUAAAAAUUUGAAGAUUACUUGCUACUCAUUAAGUUAUUCUCAAAAGUGUAAAAUUGCCACAACUUUGUUGAAUACCUUAAUAAAUAUAUAGAGAAAAUGUAAACAAAGCUGACAUGUGUUAACAGACUAUACCUCUUUUUUUAAACUGAUUUCAUUAAUACCUCUUCUUUUGAUUUGAUUUGAUUCAUUAGGGAAAUAUUUUUUUCUACAUUUUUGCAUAAUUAUUUCAGCAAUCCCAUAAUCUCCCAGUUUGCUUAUUAAAAUACUUACAAACUCUUCCUGAUUAUAAAUUUCAACAGCCGCAUCUGCAUUGUCACCAACACUUGGGGAUCCGUUUGAUCUCCGCAAUUAAGUUGAAAUCAUAUGGACAUGUUAGUUCCUUUCGUUUUAUCUUUGCAACAAAUCCAACUGGGAUUCCAGUUGGCGUUUUCCAAUGAGAUUAGCCAAUCUGGAAGCAAUUGGGAAUUCAAAAAAUGUUUUUAAAUUAUCUUUUUGAAUCCAUUGAACUUUGGUCAGAAACAAAUCUCCUUGGUCCAAAUUCCAACUGGAUCUUUUUGUAUGGAUAUUCUUGCUGUGUAUAUGGGGAAUAACAAUACCAGUGGCAGUGACUACAAAUUUAAAGUUAUUUUACUGGUGUUGAUCCAUUGGAGGAAUUUCCCAUUCUGGCCUUCUUCUCUGGUGGCGUGAAAACUGGAAACGGUGGUGAAUCAGCCUGUCUUUUCAACCUGAUCAUCUCAUUAACAAGCCUCCUGAAGCAGCAUUUUUAUAUUGUGAAACCAAGUAGUGAUCUCUUUCAUCCCUGUCAAACUCAACACAUGAUCAUCACCACUGGGCAAUGUCUAGCAGCAUAUUACAAUGGUCCACUGUUUUAAAAUGACAUUUGACCAUGAGUAAAUAGUAGCAAAGAUAGCGAGUAUUCACAACCACCUAAUGCUUCUCUUUGAGGACGCAGUGCACAUCUCUGCAUGCCAUUUAGAUUAGGCAAGCUUAUGUAUUAAAGUCGAAAAGAUGAUUUGUCUGACUUGCUUUUACCCAUGCAAAAAUACUGGGUGAUAUAUGGAAAGAUUGCAGGUUUGCUCAUUUGCUGAUAAAAUGGCUAGAACUGAGCAGCAUUUGCUACUUUACUAUAAGUACUUACCCACAAAGACAACUUUUCCUUGGAACGUAUCACAUUUGCUAUCUCUCACAGUAACAUUGUCCCUUAUAACAGGAUAUUCUGGGCUUACAAUAUUUUUGCGCUUGCGCUAAUAGUCUGUUUGCGCUAAUAGUCAAUGGAAAACCCAAGUUGCCAAACAUAGACGUUACAUUACAUAUUUAUGUUCUGUUAUGUAAGUGUAUGUUUUGAAAUGCAUUUGCUGUUUUCUUUGCAGUGGAAAUAUCGUAAAGUGUCACUAUACUGCCAUUUGAUAUGUGCUGGCGAUCUGGGAGUACAAAUUAUGCGCUGCCCACUCUAAUUGUAAGAAAUAUACGCAUACUUCACAGAUUCAACUCUUUCCCCUUGAAACACAAUGACUAAAAUACUACAGGUUUACAGUUGUGACACCUAUAGUGAACUUUGUAGCCACAGAAAUGACAGAAGUGCACACCAAAUUGUAAGAUUGUAAUUGCAAAUUAUCUUGUUAUAUGAUUGUAUGUGGCAAUAAAAUAGUGCCGGAGCGACAACUUAAGAGCAUAACACAACAUAUUUUAUCCUUGGUGGACUGAUCAGUGAGCGUAGUAGAAACUGUGGCAAAGUUUUGUCACAAAUUGUGCAAGAUGCAGACUCCUGUACCCAACAUCAUUGACCAAACAAUUCAUAAUUCAAGUGGCUCUAAAAUGUUUGCUUUUCAACCAAACACAAACAUUUUUCGCAAAACUGUUCCACAGGUAGCAUAUUUUUAACAAGCUGAAAAUCAAUUUUGGGGUUACGGGUACUAGAUUUGGCCAAAAAGAUUGAUUACAAAAAGGCAUAGUAGAUUGCAUGUAGCCUAUUUGUGUUAUAUUUUUACAUUUGUACUAAUUGUUUUAAUUUCAGCUUGUUUUUGGUUGCACCUUAUACUUCUAGUUAUAUUACAGUAAGCAACAAGUAACAACUAAAAAAUCUAGACUGAAAAACGUAUGCUUUAUCCCCAAUUAGGUUCUAAUAAACCAGCACAACCAACACAUAAAUAAAGUUUUAAUUUUUCAAUCGAUUGAUUUUAUUUUCCAGAAAAACGAAGCAUUGGUGAACCAUAUUAUAUAUGUAACCAUAGUGAUUGUAAUAAUUAUCAUGAUGGUGAUAUUGACAAUAGAGAUUAUGACAAUCCUGAUGAUGGCAAAAACGAUAACAACAGUAGUGAUGAUGUUAACUUUGGUGGUGAUAGCAUUGAUCAUGAUAAUGGUUGUGCUGGUGGUGAUGAUGUUCAUGACUCUGGUGAUGGUGAUUAUGGUUAUGACGGCGCUGUUGGUGACAGUGGUGGUGGUGGUGACAGUGGUGUAGUGUAUCCCGAAAAAUUGUUCCUUUUAGUAUAUCACAAUAACAAGAAAUUUACUAUGAUUAAGCGCUUUGGGAACAAAACAAUUGAAUUGGGCAGAAGCACUAAGGUGUGA